AUGUGCACAAAAUCAAUGUUUUCAAAGGCCUUCACCACAUUGCUACCGUUGUCCGAAGUUACAAAAGAGACUUUUGAGCUCAAGCCUUCUUAUUCUAAGAUGGAGCGAAACGUACUGAGAAUCUCAUCUGAGGUAUGGGGAUACGGCACCAGCUUUGUCCGCACGUCUACCGUCUCGAUUGAUGUUCCAGAUGAACUGAGCCAAUGUAAAGUCACUCCACAAUAUGGCUCGUUGGCUCCAGAAGUCCCGAAGUCGGUCGUUGCGUGGACAGUCUCGACAGUAGACAAUACAUCUGUCCUAAGCUGA